AUGACAUGCGCGUCGCUCUACACACCUCGGCUGGUGCAGCGAUAUUCCUCAUCAAUUCUUCAGAUUCUAAUUAUAUUUCUAUAUGUUCUUCCUAUUAUUUCAUCAGUCAAACAAGUGACAGUACCCGGACAAAUUGUGUUAGGAGGGUUGUUCCCGAUUCAUGAAGCUGGAAGAAAUGCGUCACAUCAGUGUGGAAAGAUCAAAGCAGAUCAAGGAGUUCAGAGGAUGGUGGCGAUGUUGUUUGCACUGGAAAAAGUAAAUCGAGACAGACAAUUACUGCCACAAGCAAGUUUGGGAGCACAGAUUUUGGAUACGUGUUCCGUCGACAGUUAUGCUCUAGAACAAACUCUGGAAUUCAUAAAAUCUGUAAUGUCGAAUGGAGAUGGAGUGACAUGUGCAGAUGGAUCAACUGGAUCAUACACAAGACAACCAGUCGUUGCAGUUGUUGGAGCAGCUGGAAGUCAAGUCAGUGUGAUGGUUGCAUCCAUGUUGCAGUUAUUCAAGAUCCCCCAAGUGAGCUACAGUUCGACGGGAGCUGAGUUGAGUGAAAAGCCAAGAUUUGCAUUCUUUUCUCGAGUAGUUCCUCCUGAUAAUCUGCAAGCUCAAGUAAUGGCAAGAGUGAUUGGAGCUUUGGAGUGGACUUAUGUUCAUGCAAUUGCUGAUACUGGGUCAUACGGAGAGAGGGGAAUGGACUCGUUUCGAGCUGCAGCAGCUGAGAAUGGAAUAUGUAUUGAUGGAGAUGUUCAGAAGAUAUCCAGACGGUGGACGGAGAAGAAUUUUAGAGACCUUCUGAUCCGAAUGCACCGAACUCGAAAAGCACGUGGAGUAGUGAUGUUUGUGGAUGAAGAUAAUUUGAAACGACUUCUCAAGACACUGGAUCUUUUGGUUGCUGAAGGACAUACAGAAUUGGAUAGACAUUUUUGGUUCGUCGCCUCUGAUUCAUGGGGAAUCAAACAGUCAGUUGUCCGUGGUCUGGAGCAUCGAACAUACGGAGCCAUCACAAUUGCUCCGAUGGUUAGAGAAGAGACUGGAUAUCUGGAAUACUUCCGAUCGUUGUCUCCUAAGGGAUUCGUUUUUCUGGAAGAGUUCUUCGAGUAUCUGGGAUGUUCGGCCACGGAAGAUAUCAAAACAUUUGGAGACUGUUUUGAUAUGGUCAAUGUGACAUUAAAGCAGGAAUCAUAUGUUCCAUUCGUUGUCGACACUGUCAAAAUCAUUGCAAAAGCCAUCUCAAUGUACAUUGAGGACGAUUGUGGAAAGACUCCAUUCCACAAGUGCUCAUUGGCUCAAUCUGGAUUUCGAGGGGAACGACUUCAGAGAUAUUAUCGGAAUAUGUCACUCAACAAAAAUGAGCCAGCUCUAAUCGAUGCAAAUGGAGACGGUAUCGGACGAUAUGAUGUAUUUCAACUGGAUAUGAAUGGAAUAUAUCAGAAAGUUGGAAAAUGGAGAUCAACUGAUGAUUUCUUGUCGGUUGAAGUUGAGAAAAUCAGACAUGCAUUCAAGACAGCACACGGAGAAAGACCAAUGAGUGUGUGUUCGACGGAUUGUCCGAGAGGACAUUACAGAGCAUAUCAGGAUCAAACAUGUUGUUGGGCGUGUAUUCCAUGUGAUACUUCUACGAGUAUUCAUAAUGAAACUAGCUGCGAAGAAUGUGCCAUUGGAAUGGUUCCGGAUAGAACACUCCACUUUUGUGUACCGAUUCCUCCCGUCUCUAUGCAAUGGGAUACUACUUGGUCUCUCAUCCCCGCUGCCUUCUCCACUCUUGGCAUUGCUUCAACUAUCUUCGUGAUUUCAGUUUUCCUCAAAUUCUCGAAUACACCAGUGAUAAUGGCAUCAGGGAGAGAACUGUGUUAUUGUAUGAUGUCUGGAAUCGGAAUGUGUUACGUUCUCACGUUUUUCUUGGUCUCUCAGCCGACAGUUAUCACCUGUUCGUUGACUAGAAUUCUAAUGGGUCUCUCAAUGUCAGCCAUUUAUGCAGCAAUCAUCACAAAAACCAACAGAUUAGCUAGAGUUUUUAAGCCAGAUUCGGCACAAAGACCGAGGUUCAUCACUCCAAAAGCACAGGUCGGUAUCUGUAUGGGUAUAGUCUCUGUUCAACUCAUUGGAACAUUCGUUUGGUUAUUCUUCGAUCCACCCGGAACAAUGAUUGUUUUCCCGUCGAGAACUGAAGCUGUAUUGACUUGUAAAGCAACAACAUCUCAUCUUUUGAUCUCCCUCCUCUACAAUAUUCUUCUGAUUGUUGCCUGUACAGUUUAUGCAUUCAAAACGAGGAAGAUACCAGAGAAUUUCAAUGAGACGAGGCAUAUCGGGUUCACUAUGUAUUCCACGUGUAUUCUAUGGCUGGCAUUUGGACCCAUCUAUUUUGCGACACAGAGUGAUUUUAGGAUUCAAAUCACUUCACUCUGUAUGUGUAUUUCCCUAUCUGGAACAGUGGCGCUCAUCUGUUUCUUCGCUCCGAAAGUCUACAUCGUUCUAUUCCAACCAUACAAAAACGUUCGUACCCGUCAAUCAGCCGUCGGACGUCUUGUCAAUCAACAAAUGAGGUUUAUGAGCCAAUUGACCUACAACCCCGAUGGAUGCAACUCAUAUCAACCGAUGUCUUCCAAUCAAUCCUAUAAACCCAGUACAGAGGAGAGUUCUCACACGAGCAACGCUCCGGGACUACCGCAAACUCGAGCGAUCCCUCCGCAUGUAAUUGAGCAGUUGGCUGCGAGUUUACCAAUUAGUGACAAGAAUGAUUUAGUAAAAAAGCUAUCACUUCAAGACAAAUUGCUCAACAACAACAAUAAUAACGAGAGCAGUGAAGAGAUUCGUCGCCGUCGUCCGAGCAGUGUUCACACAGUUGGCGCCAUUGCAAAUGGAGCAUCAGUUGCUCAUAUUCCACCAAGAAGUUACACAGAUGAACCAAAAAGUUCAAUGAUUCGACAAGACACGACUAAAAGCAGAGCAAGUCUUGCUGAAUCUCAUCAAGUCGAUUUGAUUUUAGAGGAAAUCGCUGCAGAUACACACUCGACUUUCCUUUGA